AUGGCCCUGCUCAAGCUGUCCCUCAUGGCCUUCAGCUUCGUCUUCUGGGCAGCGGGGCUGACCAUGCUCAUCAUCGGCCUCUGGGCCAAGGUGUCUCUGGGCACGUAUUUGGCGCUCUCGGCCAGCGAUUAUCCCAGCGCCCCCGCCAUCCUCUUGGCCACCGGCGUCGCUGUCAUCAUCUGGGGCUUCCUGGGAUGCUUCGGCGCCGCUACGGAGCACCGGGGACUCCUGCGCGCCUACAGCGCCUUCCUGGCCGUCGUGCUGGCGGCCGGGCUGGCGGCCGGGCUCUCGGCGCUGCUGUACCGCCAGACCCUGGCGCAGGGCUUCCGGGCCGGGCUGCGCCGGGCGCUGCUGGCCUACGGGGAGGACGACGGGGUGGCGGACGCCCUGGACGCGCUGCAGCGCGGCUUGUCCUGCUGCGGUGUGGAGAGCUACCGCGACUGGCUGGCCUCGCCCUGGGGGCUGGAGCAGAACGGCUCGGUGCCCCUCAGCUGCUGCCGGGCCCGCCGCGGCUGCCAGCGCAGCCCGCCCGACGCGAGCAGCCUGCACCGCGACGGCUGCUUCGGCAGGGUGUCCGCCUUCGUCGGCAGCAACAUGUUCUACGUUGCCACCGCUGCCCUGGGGCUGGCGCUGCUGCAGCUCGUCGGUAUUGUGCUGGCCUGCCUGCUGGCUGCCCGCGUCCCUGCCCACCUGCUGGGCACCACCACCCCUCGCUGA